AUGAUAAUUGGAGCAAUUAAAGUGAAGGAUGGUCUCUUCAUAGGAGAUGAAUUAGCCUCUAAAGACCUUGAAUUCGUGAUACAGAACAAAGUAACUAGAAUUGUUAAUUGCGCAGCUAAACAACUACCUUGUGUAUUUGCAAACUAUGGUGUUACCUAUCUGAAAUUUAACUGGGUAGAGAAUGAACAAUAAAUACUAUUUCCAAAUGAUACUGUUAAUGAAAUCUAUCAAUUUAUAGAAUAAGCACAUAGUAAUGGAGAAUCUGUUUUGGUUCAUUCAGUCAGAGGACAAUCUCGUUCAUGUUGUGCACUUGCAGCCUACUUUAUGAGAAAAUAUAAGUGGAAACUUUAUAAGACCUUGGAGUUUCUCAAUUCGAGAAGACCAGAUCUUGAAAUUAGAGCCAGUUUCUAUCAUCAGUUAACUCAAUUGGAGUCCAAACUAAGUAAGAAGGGAGAAGGAGGUCUAUCAAGUUCAUGGCAACCACAUGAGGAAUAAGAUUUACCCCUUGAGGAAGAUGAAAAUCUUCUCAGGAAUACGUUUAUGAAUGCCAAAUCCAGUCCAGCUGAUUCAUGUUGGUUAGAUAGAAGACUAUUCAAUUAAUAUCUAAACGAAAACAGAGUCAGAACCAUCACUUGGGCUGAUGAAACCUUAGCUAAAAAGUCCUAAAAAAAGAUCAAAUAGACUAAUCCCAAGAAUGCUGUUAAAUUGAAUAGUUAAAAUAAUAUAAGUGGGAAUAUCUACCACGUGACAGUUAAUAAUUAUGUAACUCUGAAAGAAGAAUUAGAAAAAUACAAUUCCAGUAUGAAUUCCAGAGAAAAUAAUAAUACACUUAUCAAACCAAAUAGUGGAACUAUCAAAAGAUAGUAAAAUGAUAGUCUCAAAAAGCAUUAAGAAUAGAAACUUAAAUAAACUGGGAAAUCUCAAUCCUUAAAGUAAUAAAAAAGGGACCCAACAGACAGACCUAGAUCUGCCUAUGUAUAGCCUGAAAUGCAACCCCCUGUUAAUAUUCCAAAACCAGCACCCUUUCCUUAUCGCCAAUUUUCUCCUGUUGUGAAAGGAAACAAUGUUCCUAAAGUAACCUAAUUGAUUCCAACGAAUAAAAACAAAGGGUGGAGAUAUCCAUCACCUGGGUAAUUGAAGAACGAUGAGGAUUUCAUACAAUCUUUUAUCAACAGCAAACCUGUAUGGAAAUGA